AGUGUGGGGUGAGGCAGAGGGAGAAGGGCCCUGUGGCAGGAGGGGCUCACAUCUCCCCUGUGUGUGUGGGAGCAGGUCUGGAUGUGCAUCCCUGGGCUGGUGGCUCUGUGAGCAGCUCUGCGUGCCCCAGGGACCCACCACCGGCUGGCACCGUGAGGCAGGAGCUUUGCCCAGUGCUUCCCAUCCUUUUUUCUCGUGGCCAGGCCAGAAACUGCCUUCCUGCUCCUCCAGCCCCUCAGCAAGAGUGGACGUACUUCUGAGGCACCAUGGGCAAGAUGGACAACACCUCCGUGGAGCUGAGCUCUCCUUCUGAGGUGAAGCAGGCAGCCCUGGAGGAGCCAGAGCCCAUCAGCCCUGAGGCUGUGAGCACCAAGAAGAAGAAGAAGAAGGAGAUCCCAGACAGAGGUUCCUGGAAGGGGAAAUUUGACUUCUUGCUGUCUUGUGUGGGCUAUGCUAUCGGUCUGGGCAACGUCUGGCGCUUCCCUUAUCUCUGUGGCAAAAAUGGAGGAGGGGCCUUCCUCAUCCCCUAUUUCCUGACGCUGGUGUUUGCUGGGAUUCCUCUCUUCCUGCUGGAAACUGCUCUGGGCCAGUAUACCUCUAUUGGUGGACUGGGAGUCUGGAGAUUAGCACCCAUGUUCAAAGGUGUGGGACUGGCUGCCAUGGUUCUGUCCUUCUGGCUGAACAUCUACUACAUUGUCAUCAUUGCCUGGGCUCUCUACUAUCUCUUCAACUCCUUCACUGCGGACCUGCCGUGGCAGAGCUGUGGGAACGCCUGGAACACCGACCGCUGCUUCUCCAACUACUCCCUGAACGACACCACCAACCUCACCAGCGCUGUCACCGAGUUCUGGGAGAGGAACAUGCACCAGAUGUCCGGAGGCCUGGGGGAGCCUGGCAGCGUCCGCUGGCCCCUGGCUGGCACGCUGGCCCUGGCCUGGCUGCUGGUCUACUUCUCCAUCUGGAAGGGUGUGGAGUGGACAGGCAAGGUGGUGUAUUUCUCAGCCACCUACCCCUACUUCAUGCUUUUCAUCCUCUUGUUCCGGGGAGUCACACUGCCAGGAGCCAAGGAGGGGAUCCUCUUCUACCUCACACCUGACUUCAGGAAGCUCUCUGACUCUGAGGUCUGGAUGGAUGCAGCCACUCAGAUCUUCUUCUCCUACGGCCUGGGGCUGGGCUCCCUCAUUGCUCUGGGCAGCUACAACACUUUCCACAACAACGUCUACAGAGACUCCAUUAUUGUCUGUUGUAUAAACUCCACCACAAGCAUAUUUGCAGGAUUUGUUAUUUUCUCUAUCAUUGGCUUCAUGUCACACAUCACGAAGAAGUCGGUGUCAGAGCUGGCCUCCUCAGGCCCUGGACUGGCUUUCCUCGCCUACCCGCAGGUUGUCACACAGUUGCCCUUGUCCCCACUCUGGUCAAUCCUCUUCUUCUCCAUGCUGAUGAUGCUGGGUCUGGACAGUCAGUUCUGCACUGUGGAAGGGUUCAUUACAGCCCUGAUGGAUGAAUAUCCUCAAGUCCUAAGAGCCAGGAAGAAGAUCUUCAUCGCAGUAGUCUGCUUCAUCUCUUAUCUCAUUGGAUUCUCCAACAUCACCCAGGGUGGCAUUUAUGUCUUCAAGCUGUUUGAUUACUACUCAGCCAGUGGCAUGUGUCUUCUUUUUCUUGUCUUCUUUGAGACCAUCUCAAUUUCUUGGUGUUAUGGUGUAAACAGGUUUUACAGGAACAUUGAAGAAAUGAUUGGCUACAAGCCUUGCAUCUGGUGGAAGAUCUGCUGGGCCUUCUUCACACCUCUUGUCUGCCUGGGUGUGUUCUUCUUUAGUGUGGUGGAAAUGACCCCUCUGACACUGGGAAAAUACGUCUAUCCGGUGUGGGGACAAGGCAUCGGUUGGCUCAUGGCCCUGUCCUCCAUGUUUCUGAUUCCAGGGUACAUGCUCUACUCUUUCUUCACCUCAACAGGGACUCUGCGGCAGCGUUUGCAGCAGAUGACGCAGCCCAGGCCAGAGAUGCACGCCCAGAACAAUGGCCUCCAGCCGAAGACAUCCUUGAAUGGGAGGAUCUCGGAUGCUGCCGUGUAGGAGGAAAGCCCAAACUCCUCGCUCCGCCCUGUAGUUGCUCACUCCACAUUGUCCCUCAAGCUCCUCUGGCACAGCUUGCUGUCCCUGGCUCUGCGGUGGCUUUCGUUCAUCCAAGAGAGGACCUGGUGGAGGAACCUGUUCGUGGCUCUUCCUCCUGGCAUGGCUGACCAAGGCCCUGAACAAGCUGCUGCCAGGGCAUUGUGUGGUGACCACCUUCAUCCUGCAACAUCCUGGUCCAGGCCCUCAGGGAGGAGCAGCUGGUACCCACAUCUUCCUCCUCCUGAGGAGAGGUGGUGUCUCUAGAGAGCUUAGACUGAUUGUUAUGCACUUCUCUGUUUUUCUUGCCUUUCCGUGUGAAACUCCACAGAGCAUCCCCCAGCACACAGCCAUGUUUCACCCCAGAGAGUUUGCUAUCACUAGGUUCAAAUCCCAGAUGGCUGUUGACUGAUGGAGCAUAAAGCACCAGCAAAUACAUAACUGGAGGGGAUGUGCAGAACAAAGGGUUCUAGCACAGAACGAGGGAUUCCAGUGAGAAGUCCUGCCUGUUGGUAGCUGUAGGGCAUCACCCCACACCUGGAGAAGGGCUUGGGGACAGUGUGUGCUGCUCACAGUGCCAUGUUUCAUCCCCGCACAGUCUCCAGACAUGUUUUCUGCAUCCAUUGGGGCUGGCACUGUGAGCCAGAGCCCAGUGGAGCAGUCAACCUUUCUUUUCUGGAGCAUCCUGCCCUCUGUAGCUGUGUGCAGUAGCCAGGCCCCGAUCCUAAAAAGCAGCUAAAAGGGUAAAAGGGCUCUCUGCUAGAGGCUGUUCAAGUCUCCCACACUGACCACAACAAGCUUUGUGCAGAGGCGAGGCUGUGUGAUAAAGAGAUUUUCCAGCACUGUGAAAAUCUCCACCCAAGAUAAACCAGGGUAGUUCUGCCAAGCAGCCUCCCUGGCUGUGUCCCUGGAUGGGAAACAAUCAGAUGGAGCAUGGUGCCCAUGGGUGGUUCUGUUCAAACCUUUUUCAGGAAGUGGCCACUCCUAAAUCCCAGCUGGUGGAAGGCAAGAAUUCCUGAGGCCGUUGGCAGGAUGUAACCACCGUGCUUAAACCCACCCCUGUGAAACAGUGCUGACUUCCCUUGGGAUGUGUCUGUUCAGCCAGAUCAGUCACUGGCACAUCCCAGCUCCCAACACAUAAACCACAGAGGGCUGUGAGCUCUUGUGGAUGGUGCUGGAGGAGUGUAACACCUUGGAGAAGGCUGCAAAGUGUUUCAGAGUCAUCCUAAAACAGCAGCAUAUUUCUUGGUAGUAAAGCUUUGUGGAAGGAGGUGGCUUAUCAUAGCACCAUGUGUAGGUGUGACAGUGAUGCUCCCAGUUGUGCCAGCCUCCCAGUGACCCCAUGCAGAGAUAUCCUUGUAAACAGAGAGUUUGAUGAGCACACAUACAGUGACUUAGUGCUGAUUAGUCUCUCCCUUCCCCUGGCACAGCAUUGCCAGGUCUGCCGACACUCCCAGCUUUAGAUCAGAAUCAACAAACUCAUAAAUGAGCAUUCAGGAAAAGGUACAUCCCACCCAUCUUUCCCACCAAAGAGUCUGGUCUCAGAAGUGACACCUGCAGUCCUCCAGGUGUCCUGCUGCAGGUGACAGAUGCGUGAUGAGCCUUUGCACAAGUGUCUUGCUCUUCAAUAGUAGCUUCAAAAUGCUGCAGGUCGGCCUUGUGCUGCUUGUCCCUGCGACUCACCAGAGCAUGGGGCCAACCUACUCUUCAGCCAGUCUUCCAGCCUGUGGAUCAGUAGAAGAAGGAAGAAAGAAGUUUUCUGGUGAAAGCUGAGGUCAGACCCCUUUGGGAGUGGGUCCCCUGCCAGCUCGUCGGUGCAUCUUGGUAAAUGUUGUUUCAGAUGUGUGACCAGUCUGUAUUUGUAUGCAUGAUUCUCAGGAGUUAUGGCUGCUGGGCAUUAAGUGCAUGUUUUGUGGGCUCCAACACCCUGAGCUGAGAUCACGCCCUAUCCCACCUGUAAUCGUUCCGGUGUUUGUGUCAAAAAAAUUGCAGCUGUUAAAUAGACAUGAGGAAAUGCUGUAUUUAUAGGCUUAGUCUUGUAAAGCCAAAAGCCAAACACUGAAAGCUGCAAUCAUAGCUCAUCACUAUUAAUCUCAGCCAGUGACAGACAUGUCAUCUUUCCUUGUCCUUUAAUUGUCUGUGCCACUGUAGCUGAACAUUUCUAUUCCAAUUUCACCUAUUUUUAUGAACUGGGGCAAUAAGGAAACCACUCUUUAUAAACAUGUAUGUUCUGAGAAAGGGACAUCUGUGCACAAAAAAAUGUGUUUAAGCUCUAAACUUUGCAUUAAUUACCCUUACUAGAGACCUGCUUUUGCCUGUGCAUCCAGGUCCCAUAACCUUCCUUCCCUCAAAUGCAGACUGAGGGUUGCACAGGUGGGUGAUGGGCAAUGGACUCAAUUUUUGAGUGAGGCCAUAAAACCAUGGAAGACUUUGUUUCUGAAGAAAUCUCUAAACCCCCAAUUCCUGUUUUCUGGGAUUUUAGCCCCAGCAUCUCUCUGACCUGUGUCCUUGCCUGUGGCACAUUGUUCCAGAUGUAGCAGCAGGGGCUGCUCAUAAUAACAAUAUUUGAGGAGAUUUAACCAUUUGCUCAGUUUUCUGUUUGUGACCUUCUCCUUUGUUCUCCCUCCUGCCCUGGUCCUUUUUGUUCUCUUGCCUCAGCCCUUCCCUGCUAUCAUUUGUCCAGUGGAAAUUAUCUACCUCAGAUUUCUUCCUCCUGCUUUCUUAGUUCCACUACUGUAAAAUUGCAACUCUCCCUCCUUUCUCUUCUCCUUUCUAUUCUUUCCUCAUUUUUAUCUCUUUCUAUUAUCACCAGCCUCUCUUCCCUGUUUCUCUCAUGUGCUCUCCUUCCCACCUAGAACUCCUUCCUGCAUGCCUGUGGCUUAGCCUCUCGCUGUGUGCAUGCUCAACACAUGAGCUCCAGGAAAGCUGGAGCUCAGGAUCCCACUGAGGACCCCAGCUUUUCACAGAAUCCAGUCCCUAAGAACCAAUUUCCACCCAAAUAUCUAAGUUAUAAUGAAGUUCCAGGUAUUUCUCUUCCUCUCUGCACGAGAAAAUGCUGUGCCAAGGAAUACUAUCUCCUGGUGUUACUAGAAAGACAUUUCAACCCACAUUCCACCAGUGUGCGCAGAGCUGUGCCUGUUCUGAAAGGUUUUGUGGCCUUUCCUGUUUUUACACUAUGUUAUUUCCACCAUGAAUAUUUGGACCUGUGAAGUUUGGCACCCAUAACCUUGCAGGUAGUAAUUUGCCCUUAGUCAAGCUCUGUCUGAUGGACUGAUCCCCUUCUCCAGCGUUUCAAACUCAUCCCAUCCUUAGCUAGAAGAGCCUUCCCACCUCCACACACAGGUUUUCCAUCUGGUUAGAAGUCAGGGGUGUUGAUGGACCCCCUUUAGCUCAUCCCACACCUCUGAAAUGCCACUGUGGGUUGGUCUGUCAAAGCAGCCAUAUCUGUUCAUUGACUGUAAGAACUGCUUUUGUCCUGCUCCCAGGAUGCAGCCCAUCUGCUGACUACCCCUCUGCUGCUCAUUCCUUCUGACUCACCCAGAGGAGAGGAUACAUGGCCAGGGUGUGGAUUGCUCCCCUCUCCUCACUGCUCUAGUUCAGAAGGGGGUUGUGCUCCCCUGUGCUCACCUACAGCACUCCUGCCUUUUCUCUGUCCCCUCACCUCCCCAGCACCUGCCAGCCUCUCCCCCCACCAUAGGCAGCUGCUUGAAAUAAUCCUUUAUGAAAUCUCUUAAUUCUAAGAAGCUAUUUAGGGACCUGUGUUCAAAUCCCUCUGAAAUCCUCUUUUUCCUGAGGCCUGCAAAAUAUAAAAUAAAUGCCGCUGCCCCCAUCCUCUGCUGCAGCAGGGGGUGACACGGGCCAUGGGAAAGGCAGGAUUGUUCUGAUGCUGCUCAAGAGCUGCUUCCCCUGGAGACCCAGGUGUGAUCCUCUCCCCUGGGAGAGGGGAGCUCUUCCUGCUGCUGCUCUAGCAGAUGUGUCCCAACAGCUGGCAGCUGGUUAUAAAACACUUGUGCCAUGUCCAUGGCAGGAUAUGGUGCUGUGUGGCACUGGAAGGCUUUGGCUGGCCAGCCACUGUGCAGCUUGUAGUUUCUCCACAGUUCUAUUAAAUGGUGUGUUGAGAGGAGUUGUGUUGUGCAUCGGGGUGCCCUUAAAGCUGGUUCGUUCUGGAUGAGCAAUUUCUCCUUAUCCAUGGCCUCUUCCUUGGGAUCUCUCGGGACUGGAGGAUCCUGCUUGCAUUUGGUGGUGGUGGCCAGAUGGGGAGGGGGUCUGCACCACUGAUGGGAUGUAUCCACUGUGGUUGGGCUUGUUCUGAGGGCUACCAGCUCUCACCAAGCACUGCCUGCCUUCCUCAGCAGCUGAGACCGCGAGGCACAGUGCUCAGCUCUGUGUGUCUGCUGGCCCUGGGGGCCACAUGGUGUGCCAUAAAACACAGCAGGGGAUGGGGUGCAUCCCACAUCCCCACUGCAGCCCUGCCUGAGGCAGCACUGCCACAGUGACAAGUGUGUGCCCAUCAUCCCUGUGAUGCCAUCGGCCGGGAAGUGUCCGUGUCUGGAGAAGCUCAGGAGAGGUUAGUGCUCCCCGUGCUGAUACCUGACAGCCAUGACACUGAUGGAGAUGCCUCCUGACAGCCUGGCAUGAUGCCACUGUGCUGCCAGGAAAGUGGCACCAGCAUUCACUGCGGCUCCAGGGACCAGCCACAGGCCCUCGUGGGGUGGCACGUGUCCCCGCCAUGGCUCCUGGGGAUAAGCAGCCCUCACCCCCACAGGUGCAGCCCUGUGCAGAGUGGUCAUGGAGGGAUUUAUCCUCGGCAACCGAGGUGUUUCUGCUUCCAGAUGAAAAAAACAACUCAUCAGGAAGGGACUUGUCUGAAUCCCUGCUGUAAUGAUAUGGGGAGCAGGCUGUCCCCGAGGGUCCCAGAGCCAGAACACAGGGGCACUGCUGGGGGGCACUGCUGCCUGAUCACUGCAUCUCCCACAGGCCCAGGGCCCACUGGCAGAGCUGGGCAUGGUGGCACAGCUGGAUGUUUUUCUCCCUUUGAAGGCUGCGUGGCUUGGAGAAGGCUCUUGGCCAGUUUGUACUGCAUCAUGCUGUUAAGGAAAAUACGAAUAUCCCUGCACUGACCCCAUAAAAAGCCCCUGCUGCUUUUGUGCUGACGCUGCCGACCCAGAUCCAGAAAAAACCUGCUCCAUAUCUUUCCAGAUAAAAGGUUCUAUUGUGCAAACUCAUCCCUUGCCAUCAACCCAAAGAGCACUGCCACUGUCUGAGCCCCUUACACAGACCUGGGGGCACAUCAGCCCCUGGGCUGGCCCCAGGGUGACGAGGGCAUGACAUGGUGGCACCUGUGCCCCUGUCUCAGCACACAGGCAGUGCCAGCUCUCUGCCCAUCCUCAGGGAGCCCAUGUGCCUUUUGGACACAGUUUGCUCCCGCCACCCUCUUUUCUGUGCAUCCCCCUCCAGCACAUGCCAGAGCUGACUGACACACCCUUAAAAAUAACUCCUAGGUGUGAAGGAGGGCGAGAGAUGGAGGGGGAUGGCCGCGCCUGGUUGGAAAGGGACAACAUCUCCGUUUGCCUGUCCCUGCUCUCCUGAUGGUGCCGCACUGUCGUGGCCAAGCAGCCGCUCUGGGUCGCUGCGUGCCCAGCCCGUGACACGAACGCUUUGAUGUGGUUUUGAAGCGCAUUUGGUCCCGCAGGGGGGAGAGAGAGCUGACAUCUCUGUUCCCUCACUGCACUUACUGCAAAUGAAGGGAUUAGGAGUUAUAAUCCAAGAUUCUUAUUUUAAAGCGGCUUUGCAGCUCUGUGAGGGGAACUUCAGCGUGAUGCUCCUGGGGGAGGUGGUGACAGAGCAGCUGUCACAGCCCCAGCCACCGCAGCUGCUUGGGCGUUGGCAGCCGAGGCUGGGUGGCACUGGAGUGCUCCAGGCUGUGGGAGAGGCUCUUCUGCAGGGAGUGGCAAUGGGUGUGCAGGGGGCUCUGCAAGGCCAGGGCACAGGGGACAUCCCGCCACUGGGCACUUGCCUUGGCACCAGGGAGUGCAUCCAAGCACCGUGUAGGUGCCACUGUCAGGUUGCACCUGGAUUUACAGGGGUUUCCAGAUGUUUUGAGCUCUCCAAAGAAGCUUUUUCCCAAAGAAAGAGCUCUUCCUUUGGGAAUGGAGAGCAGGUCUAUAUUAGCCAGCACUGUUUAAAUGGGAUUUAUCCAGGUGGGCAGCACAGGCAUGGUGAGAGAGGUGGCAGCCCAGCCCCUCUGACAGCACCCCAGCCAUUGCCUGGGGAUCAUGUGCACCCAGCCCUGUGGGGGCUGCCCCCAUCCCUGGUAGCACUAUAGACACCGGGAUGACCUUCCAGCUGUGGGGAAUCCUCUGCCAGGCAGAGCCUCGGGAUCUGAGGGAGAUCAGCUGCUGCCAAUCCCCUGUGGCAUCAUCUGCUCUUGGGAUGCUGAGCGCCAAAUUGCACCAGCCCAAACCAUCCUGCAGCCCUUGGAAAUCUUCUGUUCCACACUGCCAGCGGUGUCUGCUUUGGAGAAAUACACCGAUCUUCUUUUGCAUUUGUUAACUCUCUUCUCCUUCCCACUGCAUUCACGGCAGACCUGUGUAAAAUGUUAGCAAACUGCUGGCAUCUCUGCAGCCUUUCCCUCUGCUAAUUACUAUAGCCAUGCCUCUUAUCGGGCAAGUUGACAGAUGGCUGGGGUUUUAUCUUUGAACAAGCUAUUUAAAUAGGGCUCUGGCUUUUCCCUUGCACAUUUCUUUCCUGACUGCAUGUCCUGAGCUGCUGGAUGGGUUGUCCUUUUCACUAGGGAUGACAGAAGGCUGAGGUCAGAUCUCAGGAGAUGGGUUCUUUCAUUUCCUUUUAGAAAGGGAAGGAUCAUUUUGCCCUGCUUCAUGUGGCCUCAAAGAUUGCUGUGGUUUGGAUUUAGCAUGAGAAUAGUGUUGAUAACACUCUGAUGUUUUUUGUUAUUGCUAAGUAGUGCUUACCCUAAAUUAAGAGUCCCAUUCUCUGCCAGUGAGGAGAGGCACAAGAAGCUGGGAGGGAGCCUGGCCAGAACAGCUGACCUGAAUUGGCCAAAGGGAUAUUCCAGGCCAUUGCACUUCAUGUCCCAUACAUGACCUGGGGGAAGCUGGCUGGGAGCUGCUGAUCAUUGCUGGGGGAUAGGCUGGGCAUUGGUCAGUAGGUGGUGAACAAUUGCAUUGUGCAUCUUUCCCUCAUUUUCAUUAUUAUUAUUGUUGUUGUUGUUGUUAAACAAUUCUUAUCCAAGUGUUACCUUUUUCUGAUCUCAUCCCUAUUCCACCAAAGGCGAAAGGGGAAGAGAGGGAGCAGCUGCAAGGUACUUAGUUGCUGGUGGGGAUUAAUCCACAAGAUAAAGAAAAUGUACUCAAAAGUCAAGCCUUCCAUAAUGGGAGGGAAUAGAAGGGUGUACAUAGAAUAUCAGGAUGGGCAUGGAUCACUCCAAGUGUUUUUACUGCUACAGACUUGGUCCUACACAUCUGUGGAAGAGGAUCCUCCUGUUCCCUGUGUUGUUUCUUGUUUGUUUGUUUGUUUUUAAUGAACUUGAUAAUUUUGGGACACCCUACUCUUAAUGAGGAGGGAGGAUUAGGAAGACAGGAUUCUUGUUUUCAAAAAAUUCAUUGAUAACAGUGCCAUGCUGUAAGAUCCCAAGGCUGGAGUAUGGGUGCUGUAUAAAAUAUGAUCCUGCCCUACAUACCUAAGAACAUUCCCAGCUCAUGGAUUGUAUGGUUUAAGAUAGAAAACAGCUCCUCAGCCAGCUUUUAACCUCAGUUGCUCUCCUUAACUGCAGAAAAGUUGCGCCAAGUGUGGCAGAGCUCCUACUCUGCUUAAAUCCCAGAACCCUGCUAACCAUGCACCAUCAUCCUUGAGGCACCUGCUUAUUUUCAGCCACCUUUCCCAGGUCAGGCAGGUAAAUGUGCAUGACUCCAGGUUGCUGAAUUAAGGAUCUGGGCAGUGGCUUUACAGAGGGGCACCUCUUCCCCAGCAACUGGUGAUGACUAAAAACCUCAGUGUGUGGGGAACAGCUGAGCCUGACUCUGAGCAGCUGUGCCCCAGGCACCCCCUUUCAGCACAAUCUUCCCAGAGUACCCCAGAAGCGGUGUAAAGGGACCCAUAAUGACCUUCACACAACAGUGACACUGCAGGCGUGUGGCAGCUCUGGGUCUGUGGUGGCCUUCCUGCCACCACAGUGCUCCUGGAGGACUCCCCUCGCUGUGUAGGUAUUGGGAUGGGUCUCUGACCCCGGAGGCAGCACCUUCAAAGCAGGAGGCAGCAGGCUGUGAGUGCUGAGUUCAGUACUGAGUCUGCAUUUUGCUUGACAAGGGUGCUUACAGCAAAGCAUUUGAGGAAUCUGCUUAAUUAAAAGCCCAUCUGCAAAGUUUCAGAGAAAAAUUGCAUCUCAAGAUUCUCUGUGGGAAAGAGCAGUGUAUUUUGAUCAAUUCCAACCACACUAUGGAUCAGUUAUUGCACAUAAUGGAUGCUGGAUAGAUAUAACAGGGUACAGAUGCACUGUGACAAUUGUGGUAUUUGCUUUUUGGGUUGCAGUCCUUUAUACCAGCACUACCUAUAUGUGUCUACAUAGUAUUCUUCCCAGAGACACUUGCCAUCUUCUGAUUAAUAAUAAUAUCUGUAUAUUGGAGCAAGUGAGGAGUAUUUCACAUAUAGACAAUCUGGUUUUAUUGCUUUCAUCUUAACUUUACAGCCAGGUGUGUGAUCUGAACAUCAGCCAGGAACUUUAAUAAUCUUCUGUUUCAAAACAGCUUAGAAAAUGCCUGUUUGGGACAGGCUGAUUUCUAAUAUAUCCAUGGCACACAAAAACAUAAAUGGAAGCCUCUGAAUCCCUGGGAAAUAUCCUGUCUGUUUCUGGGAGGGAUUUCUGUCCUCCCAAGUAUUUCAUGGUGGGCCUGGGGAUCCAAGGGAUUCUUUGAAGCCAGCAAAGAAUUUGCAACCUAUGGACAUGGGUUUUUUAGCAGGUGCAGUCUGAAUCUAGCAUCUCUUGGAUCCAGCUGCAGAGAUGUAGCUUGCCUUCCCCCACUCAUUGCAGAGGAGAGCUGGCUUUGUGUGCACGUGCUUGAUUCUCUCUCAAAGGUCAGCUUCAUUAACCUUGGGGUUAUGCUUUGUGUAAAUAUGCACUUGUAUCUGAUCUGCACAGGAAAUGUAAUUUUCCUUACGUGUCUCCCAUCCAAAUGUUCCCCAAGCCUGAGCUGGCGUAGCUGGUGAGAUGUGCUGCAGUGGUGACGCUGUGGCCAGCAGAGCUGUCCUGCUCAGGCAGUACAUGCUGCCUGUGCCCCAUAGUUUUGUCCAGCACGUUCUGUAGAGGUACCUACAUGCUCUCUGAGGCGUAGUCCUGUGUGGUGUGAGCACUGCCCCACGGUGUGUGCUGCUCUCCUGUGUGGCCACGCAUCCUGUGGCGCACAGGCAGCAGCGAGUGCUCUGCGAGGCUGUGUGGGCCUCCCUCCCCAGAGCAUCCAGCAACACGGACAGCAAUGAGCUGUGGCACAAAAGGGCUCUGCCUUCCCCCUCACCAUUUUCCUCUCCACCUCCCUGCAGGGGUGAAUUUCACAGUUAAGUUGCCACCUCCUGAACAAGUUUAUUGCUUCCUGUUUUCCUCUGGAUCUGAUCCUCAGAGAGCCUGAGCACUGAGCUAGCUCCUGCUGCUUUGGACAAGAAAACAGCAGUAGCCAGAGCAGGCUGCCCCUGAGGCCAGCAGGAGUCCAGGAUGCUCAGCACUCCGUGGAGCAGCCCUUGGUGUGUGGCUGUGUGCCUGUGCACGCUGCUGGAGCCCAGGGACACCGGGGCGGGGGCUGAGGCAAAGAAGACAUUGGAGCACGAGUGACAUUAUCUCAAUAUAAUUUCUAAAACUCUAUUGAUUGAACAGAUAAAAUACCUCUGAUCUAUUUUUGUUAUUUUUGUUACAAAAUAUUAGCCAUUUGGACUCUUUGCUAGGUGUGACCACACCACUUUUCCCAAAGGAAGCUUUUGUUGGUGAUAUUUACAGCAGGAGACAGGUACAGACAGACAGGUGCUUUCAAAAGCCUACGCAUAGGUAAUACUUCUGUUGUUAGAUUUUAAAAAGACACAUUCAGAUGGGGUCGUGACUAGUGUUGAAGAGCUGGGUGACUUCAAAGCUGCUGUCCCAGGCGUGGCUGCGAAUGAGAGGGCAGGACAAGGACAGCUCUAGCUCACAAAACACUGCCAGCAGUCCCUGGAGCCUACACUAGCACAGUGAGGCAGCUGGUGGAGUGGGAGAAGGGGGGGAGUUUGCUCAGCAACUUGCAUUUCAAAGCAGAGACUCUGCCAAGCAGCAGCAUCCUUGGCUUAGGUCUCAGAUUGGUUUUGGAAACCUCAGAAAUGUGCACACAGUUGCAGGUUGAGCCUUCUGAGAAACAGGUAACAAAACUCAAACCCUUGUGGCUUGGAGGCCCUCAAAAGCAUCCAAAUCUGGUGGUACCUUUUAGUAUGAGUAUUGAUGAAAUUCGGGUUGUGGACCAAACCUUCACCUUUCAUCUACAGGAAGGAGAGAAAAUGUGAACAGUGGGAUGCUUUGAAAGCCUUGUGAAAGCACUGAGUGUUGCUAACCCAGCAGCCAAGACUACGGCAUUAAAAAUCACUAUGGCAGCAGAAAAGCACUGCAUUAGACCCAAAUUGUUUGCAAGGCUCAAUUCUCCUGUCACAUUUUCCCAUCCCUUUGCUACUGGUGCAAACAGAUUCAUUUCACUGGGCCUGCACCAGCAUGAGCAAGCAUCAGGACAGAGCCUGAUGUAACUCAGCUCAGUCUCUCCUACUGUUCAGCAAAGCCACCUUCUCAUUUGGCCACUGACUACCCAACACUCACUGCAGAACACUUUUCACAAGGUUUCUGUUUUCUCUCUCCCCCCACUCCUUUUUAAUAUAGAAGGGCAUGAAUUUGGCAGCAAAAAGACACUCGUUCAUUUGGGUUGAGCUAAUCUAUGCAGCAGCUCCCUGCCUGAUUCCUCCACCUGAAAGAUUGUGCUAGGUUCAUGAUCAGAAUCCCUGCUGUCAAGAGCUGGUGAUUUUUCUUUGGGCUGGUCCCUCCAGGUGGGCUGUGGUACACAUUUUGUCCUUCAUGAGGUUGUCACUGAGGUGCCCCUUCUAGCCUGCACCCUGUCAGGCUGUGUGCAAGGGUGUCUGCUCACAGCUGUAGGGCUACACUGAGUCUGUGUGUCUCGCUGGCGUGUGGGAGGACUGCAGGAGCAGACAAUACAAUAGAUCAGACGAGGUGCAGAUAUGUUUUGAAGUGCUGGUCAUCCUUCGAGACCAAACUUCAAAGAAAAAAACAAAUCUGUGUUUUGAAGUGAAGCCCGAAGGGCCUGGCUCCACAGUGGAAUUUUGACCAACCUGUUCCACGACAGCCUGGAACAGAGCAGUUUUGUACCUCUCCAGCUAAACCCAGCAGAAGAUGUGGUAGCCAGCAGGCUAGAAGACAGCAAGAGUUAUCUACAUUUGCUUCUCUGUCCAAAGCUCAAGGCCAGCAGCAGCCUUUGCAAGGUCAGAGAAACAGAACCAACUUGCCCUGAGAGAAUACUUUGCCUCAGGUACCUCAGCACUUCAGUUCACUCACUUCUACCCUUCAUCCAGCAUGGAGAAGGGAGUCUCAAGCAGUUUUCUUAUUUCCUCUUUAGAUCCUUGUAGCUCUCCCAAUCAAUUAUUAAAGCAGCAAACAUCUUGUGUAGGAACUUUGUAGGCAUUGUUAUAAAUAUUUUAUCUAAAAAAAUUAUUUCCUCAAGUAUCUUAAGGUUUUUUGCUGUUGUCACUUUGUGUUAAAUGUCAAGUAAAAUCUAAUUUAUUUAUUUUAACACACACACAGAGCUUCAUAGGCACACUGCACUCUGGAAAAAAAAACCUGAACUAGUACUGCCAUUCCUCUCAGACAGUGAAAUAACUGCUGGGAAGGGGGGACAGUGCCAGUGCCUCCUGGACACCCAUUCCACUGCAGCAGUGAGCAAAACCAGCAUCAGCCACACACUGCACGACCAGAAAAUGGCAGAUGCCACACAUGCUUUCUUGGGAAGCUACGGGCAGCUCAGAUGAGGUUCUGGCUGCUGUGAGGCAGCAGGGUGUCACCCUGAAGGGAGUCAGCAGCAGACCAGGCCAGCUGUGCCUCACAGCUGGCUGGGGGGUGAGGGGCUGAGCCCUGGCCAGGGGUGAGGACCUCGCCCAGCACCCAGUUCAGGAUGUGGAGCAUCCAAACUGCCCUGGGGGGCUGGCUAGGAGUAAGCUUCUCUGUCUAGAGGGAGACUGGGCUUCUAGUCAGGGUUUUCUUACAAUCUUUUCUGUCAUCUGCUUCUGCAGUCUUCCCUGAGGCUCUGCUUGUGGGCUCACAGUUGGUACAUUUGCUAUUGCAGAUAGAAGCAGCAGCCCAGGGCCCAGUUAAGCAAACAAGUCAGAACUCUUGGCACAGCUGGGUCCAUGGGUCACACUCAGACUGAGGGGGACCUGGAAGUGAGCAGGCUCCCGCCCUGGAGGGCUGGCUAAGUGCAGGAGAUCUGUCACUCCAGCCCCUGUCUGCUUCCCUAACUCCAGCUGGGCUUCUGCCCAGGUCAGAUGUGUGAACUCUCUCCCUGAACAUUCCAGCACAGCCAGCAAGCAUCCAGGGAGCACUGCGGGGAGCCAAGCCCCUCCCUGAUGCACUGUGGCUUUUCUCACUGGCAAUGGCCCCAGAGAUCAGCAUACUGGCACAGUCCCUAAGGAAAUUGCUGUGUGGCUUUUACCCCACAAGGUUAAAAAAAGUUUUCUGUAUCUGUCUUUGCUGUCCCCCUUGUCCUGACAUUUUGCAUAUCCCCACCACUGGCAACAACUCCUGCCGUUCCUUACCCUACCAUUACAUCAUCAGCACCCAGUGCUCAUGUCUCAGCCUUGCAUGGGAAGGAAGAACAUUUCUGUCUUUCCCUCAUUAAAAAAAAAAAAA